AUGGUCUUUGUGAAGUCUCAGAAAUCCAGGGCUUACUUCAAGAGGUUUCAAGUCAAGUUUAAGAGAAGAAGAGCGGGGAAGACUGACUACAGGGCUAGGAUUCGCCUGAUUAAUCAGGACAAGAACAAGUACAAUACGCCCAAGUACCGAUUUGUUGUCCGAUUUACCAACAAGGACAUUACUGCACAAAUAACAUCAGCUAGCAUUGCUGGAGAUAUUGUCCUUGCUUCUGCUUAUUCUCACGAGCUUCCCCGAUAUGGGCUUGAAAUUGGUCUUACGAACUAUGCAGCAGCUUAUUGCACUGGACUUCUCUUGGCUCGACGUGUGUUGAAAAAGCUUGAGAUGGAUGAGGAAUAUGAGGGCAAUGUUGAGGCCACUGGGGAGGAUUUCUCAGUUGAACCAGCUGACAGCAGGAGGCCAUUCCGUGCUCUACUUGAUGUUGGUUUAAUCAGAACUACAACUGGAAAUCGUGUCUUUGGUGCACUCAAGGGAGCUCUUGAUGGUGGUUUGGAUAUUCCUCACAGUGACAAGAGGUUUGCUGGUUUUUCAAAGGACAAUAAGCAGCUCGAUGCUGAAGUUCACCGCAAAUAUAUUUAUGGUGGACAUGUUGCAGCAUACAUGAGGACUUUGGAGGAGGAUGAACCUGAGAAAUACCAGGCUCACUUUAGUGAGUUCCUCAAGAGAGGAAUUGAUGCUGAUGGUAUGGAGGCAUUGUACAAGAAGGUUCAUGCUGCUAUUCGUGCUGAUCCAACUUCCAAGAAAUCAGAGAAGCAGCCACCCAAGGAGCACAAGAGGUAUAACUUGAAGAAGCUAACCUACGAGGAAAGGAAAGCGAAGUUGGUGGAGCGAUUGAAUGCUCUCAACUCAGCUGCUGAUGAUGAAGAUGACGAGUGA